CGUUGAUGGCCUUCCACGUGCGGUCAACGGUGUCGCAGGGGGAAAGAAGAGGUGAGAGAUGGAGACGCCGACAAGCAGCGACGACUUCUUGGACCCAUAGCCGACAUCGUUGACUACCGACCGGUCCUUUUUCCAAUCGGCUUCUCCUCCCCGUGUGUAUCAAUGUGACCCUCUAUUGACCACAUGAGUAGCGUCCGAAGACCGGUGCCGACUCUCCAUCAGCGCCAUCGCAGGCUUCGACGUGCCAACUGGCGCGGAGCUGAAGCGGCAGCAGUGUCUUCUAGUUUAAUGGUGGCCGCAGAAUUCAAUGGACGGAAGGCCAUGGUCAAAGGGAGGGAGUGACGUCCGCCUUUAUGCGCGGUGGUCGCGGCGGCUCCUUCCAAACUGAUGCUUCUCGCUGCUGCCGUUGAAGUCGCCUCGUGCCUCGUUUUGGGCAAGGGAAAGGUGGAGAGGAGACGGUGGUGCACGAGAUCCUUAUUCCCUUCGCACCCUCUUCCUGCUUAUAAUACCUCUUCCUUUCCUUCCCCUUCCCCUUCCUUCCUGCUCACUGCAACCGAAGCUCUGUUCUCCGAACUCCCGACAGGAGCAGCGAUGGCGGUGGCUUCCUCGCGAGGGAGGAUGGAGACAAUGCGGCAGUGGAGGGACCGGGAGACGAGUCCCGAGAGGACCAAAGUGUGGAAGGAGCCGAAGCCGAAGAAGGUCCCUGUGGUGUACUACCUCUCCAGGAAUGGCCAGCUGGAGCACCCCCACUUCAUGGAGGUCACCCUCUCCACCGGCGACGGUCUCUACCUCAGAGAUGUGAUCGAUCGUCUCAACUUCCUGAGAGGCAAGGGAAUAGCCGAUCUCUACUCUUGGUCUUCCAAGCGGAGCUACAAGAACGGAUUCGUGUGGCACGAUCUCUCCGAGGGCGAUCUGAUCCACCCGGCGCACGGCCAUGAGUACGUCCUCAAGGGGUCGGAGCUCCCUCAGAUCAUCUCCUCUCCCAGCUCCCAGGACACCAUUGCCUCCGAGAAGACCCUGUCGAUCCGCAAAUCCGUCGAUGAAGACCCCGAAAUCUUGCAGAUCAGUAGGAAAAAGGCGCCUUGGGGCUCCUUCGACAUCAACGAAUACAAGGUCUACAAGACCGCCGUGCCGGCCCAGACCGGCGGCCUCAUGGCGGCGGACGCGUCGACGCAGACGGACGACCGGAGGAUCAGACGGCGGGCCGCUUCCACGAGGGAUGCCGGGGGCCGAGCUGAGAUCACGGAGCUGGAUAGCGAUGAGAUCUCGCCGCCUCCGUCGUCGUCGAGCCCGGAGACCCUGGAGACGCUGAUCAAAGCGGACGGGCGCGCGGCGGUCGGGACGGAGGACCACGACCGGACGGUGGGGAGAUACGCGAGCGGGCGGAUGCGGGCGUCAGCGGUGCUGAUGCACCUACUCUCCUGCGGCUCCAUCAACGUGAAGGACCAGCAGGGGCUCUCGCUGUCCCCGCCAACGCAGCCGGCGUCGCAGUGCAAGGAGAGGGCGGCGCCCCGUGGAGGGUCCGAUCUGGAGGCGGACGGCUUGAUGGCGAGCAAUGGCUUCGCGGGGAUCAGGCUGGAGGACAAGGAGUACUUCAGCGGGAGCCUGAUCGAGACGAAGAAGAAGGCGAGCGAUGGCCGCGCCGAGCUCCUCGCCCUGAAGAGGUCCUCCUCCUACAACGCGUGCAGGAGCUCGAAACUGGAGCCGACGGAGAAGGAAAUCGAGGGCGUACGUGCCAAAUGCAUCCCCAGGAAGAGGACGAACCCCACGGAGCGGCGAGAAGUUACCGUCCCCAUCUCGCGCGUGUGCGCGCGGAUCGAGGACGAACCCCACGAGGAGUAAUGGACGACUCUGAAGCGACCGUACGAAGAAGAAUGAGAAAGAAACGAUGGGCAUCGGCCUAAAAAGAAGACAUGGGCUGCAACCGAGGAGCAUUCGUCUCAUGUCUGUGAAUGCUUUCGUUUGCCGUGCCGAUGAAGGCACGUAGUUACGCCAACCGGAGAGGAAUUCUAGGAAAAGUAAUGUGCUUGCUUGCAUGACUUGUUUCUUUUGUUUGCAUCGAGGAACAUGGAAUUGGUCGACCGCGUUGUUGCUC